AGCAACAGCACAAAGAGACCGCUCGGCGGACACUUGAAUACACAGAGGAGAAACGUAAGCCGUUUCGCAUGGCCUCGAGCUCGCCUCCGAUCAUCCUCUACGCCAGCAGCGCCGCCACAUAUGUUUGCGAGGCGGGCGAUGUGCAGCCUACCUACCCCUUCCUGCAGCCCUUCACCGAGGAGCUUCUGCGCACACUUCCGUCACCCCAAGCUGCCGCGGCUUCCUCGCCUCUCGGAGACCGAAGCGCCUCACCCACGAAUCAAUGCACGGCAACGCUACGCCGGCAUCUACUCCCUCUCCUACACGAUCGCACUCUGUUCCUUGUACUUCCCCUCUCGAGCAGCGCCUCCUACAAGGAAGAGUGGGUUCGCUUCUGCUUUCACGAGGAGGUGCACGUGCGCCGUCUCGUUGUCCUGUCCGACACCGUCGCCGAUAGCUUUGCGUGUAACCGCACCCCAUGCGUUGUGCUACACGCCUCACUCAACACCGUGAGCGUGAGUCGCGUGGAAUCUGGCUGCUCGACGCGGUAUGGCAACUCUCACGUCGGUGGGGUGCAGGCGCUCUGCAGCGGCGGCGAGGCCACGACGGCGAGGCUGGCUGAGCGCCUGCCAGCUGUGGCGGCUGCCAUGGCGAUACAUAACGCCGAGAGAGCUAGCGGCAGCGACGAAGAAAACGAAGAAGAGGGAGAGGACGAAGAUUACGUGCCAGCUGGUGGUCCUUCACCAGACGAAGAACUAGGGAUCGACUUUAGCGAUGCGAAGUAUCGAGAUGCGCUCAUUCACGCCUUCGGCUACAGGGCUUAUCGAUCGGUCAUCGUGGCUCCCCAGCAGCGACGUCUGGACGCGGCAUCGAGGUCGUCGGUGAAAGGAAAAGGAAAAGGCAAGGGAGGUGGCCGCGCACAGCGACGGAGCCGCGCGUCGUGCCCUUUGCUCGAUGAACUGCGGCGUGCCUAUCCGCGAGAGGUACGAGAAGCACCGGGACAACUGGAGAAGUUACUCGCGCGCGUGGUGCAGGGCGACGCCGUUGCCUCCUCCUCUCAUGGAGAGACGGAGCCGUGCAUCUUGGCGGGGGAGGCGUUAGCGGUGCCGUACGUGCGGCAGCUCUACGCCUUUGUCAUUCGCCGCUGCGGAGGUGGUGUGUGGGAGGCGGUGGAGAUGGAGCGGAGGGCGAGGCAGCGGCGGCUUCGCUCCAGCCAAGGCGAGCGCGGUAACGCGGAUGGCUCCGGUGCGCCUCCCCAAGAAAGCGACGCAGCACCGGUCGAUCCAGAAAAGAGCAGCUCAGUGCCGAUGGUGAAGCGGGUGCGAAGAGAGACGAGCAGUGAGCGAGACAGCGGCUCCGACGAGGGCGAGAGCGACGACGAAAGCGACGACGACGGCGAUGUGUGGCUCCAUCUGCAGCCCAUUCCACUCCCCUCUGCCCCGUGGUGGCUCCCGCUGCUCGGCGCCUCGGUCACGAGUCGUCUGCCCGAUAAAGACCUGCAGCGCGCCGUCAUCACUGAGGAAGAGGCACGGGAGUCAAACGGCACGGUGGUGCACUGGAAAGUGCUGCUGUGA